AUGGCGCUGGCCCUUGGCGCUGAGAUCUUCAGCCGCGGCUUCCGUUUCCUCCCGACGCCGCAGGAAGCCGUGACCUACUACCUGCCGCGCCUCGUCGCCGGAAAGCCGCUGCACGACGCCGUCCGCCCCGUCGUCCACCACGCCGACGUGUACGCGUGCGCGCCUGCCGACCUCGCGCGCCACUUCUGCCCUCUGCCCAGGACCGGCGACCGCUUCUUCUUCACCCCCAGCGCCGCCAGCAGGACACGCGCCGCCCAAGCCAGCAGAGCCGGCUCCUGGCACGCGCAGAACACGGUGGACAUCAAGGGCCGCGGGGAUGCCAAGGUCGGCGAGCUCAAGAAGCUUCGCUACAAGAUGAGCGGCGGAGUGUACACGGACUGGCUCAUGGACGAGUACUCCUGCUGCUGCUGUUCGGAUCAGGAGGAGGGCGCCGUCGCCGGCGAGAGCCAGUUCGUCUUGUGCAAGAUGUACGUGUCUCCUAGAGCUGCCCCGACAUCCGCGGCGCACCAGGAAUCCGCGGCUUAUUUCUUCACGCUACGACCGCCACCGCCUGCCGCGUCCGCCGCCGUCAUCAUGCAGCCAGCGCCAGCGGCAGCACCCAAGAGGCCAGCGCCGCCGCAGGAUGCCAUGUCGCCACCGUGCGCCAAGAGAAUGCGCGGUCCUGCUGUGCUACCGACACCACCACAACAACAACCUCUGACGCCGCCAGCUCUGACCCUAUCGUCCCUCACCGAUGUUCGGAACAUGCCCCUCGCGCCACCACAGCCAUCUGCGCCUCGCCGCGGUUCGACGACUCCAUCAGCGACACAACCAUCACCCCAGUCUUCAGCUCGGUGGUCGGCGUCGCCAUCUACGACCCGACCGCCCCUCGCCGCUGUUCGGAUGAUGGCCUUCGCACGACCACAGCCGUUUGCGCCUCCCCGCGGUUCGAUGACUCCCUUGUCGACACAACCAUCGCCCGCUUCAGCUCCGCCUGCGGCGCCGCCAGCUCCUACCCGGGCGCCCCUCGCCGCUGUUCGGAAGAUGUCCUUCGCGACACCACAACCGUGUGCGCCUCGCCGCGGCUCGACGACUCGCUUGGCAACGCAACCAUGGCCCGCUUCAGCUCCUCCUCUGGCGCCGCCAGUUCCAAUCCAUCCUGCGAUGCAGCCGCAUCGCUCACCAAUGCCAUUGCCAGCGCCACCGCAGAAGGUGCCGUUGCUGCCGACUCCCCCAGGGGUACGCGCCUGCCACGUGCCUCUGCAGGUGCCCGUCCAGUCGAAGCAGAGGAGGAUACUUGAUCCGUUUGAAGCCACCAUGCUGAGAGAUGAAGCGGAGGAGCAAACAGUGGCUGCAGCACCUCAUCCGCCGCCACCCCCUGCUCCUACGCCUGGGCUUCAAGACGAAGACAAAGAGGACUGGGACGAUUUAGCCAAGGCAUUGGAAAUUUGA